CUCUGCUUCUGUCGGCCUCAGAGACGACGAUGACAUCAAUGACGUGGCGUCCAUGGCCGGCGUCAACCUUAACGAGGAAAACGCACGUAUCCUAGCAACCAGCUCAGAGCUGGUCGGCACAAAGAUCCGAUCCUGUAAAGAUGAGUCCUUCCUGCCUACCGGCCUGCUGCACCGCCGCAUCCUGGACACAGCUAAGAAGCUGGGCGUGACCGAGGUGCCGCUGGAGGUGGUGAACUUCAUCUCCCACGCCACCCAGUCCAGACUGCGCUCGCUGCUGGAGAAGGUUUCAGCCGUCGCUCAGCACCGCACAGACGGGGGAAAGGAUGAAGAUCUCCACGAACAGUCCUCAGACGUUCGCUCCCAGCUUCGUUUCUUCGAGCAGCUGGAGCGAAUGGAGAAACAGAGGAAAGACGAGCAAGAGAGAGAGAUUCUGCUGAAGGCUGCCAAGGUCCGAACUCAUGCACAUGUUCACGGUCGCUCCUCUCAGAGCUUUUACACAAAGGACAAAGAAAUCCACAUAAACUACAAAAUAUUAAAUUAUAAAUAAAUGAACAGCGUCUGAAAAUAAAAGACAUAAAACAAAUCAGGUGAGAUAAACUCGGCGACAACACUCCUUUUCAGUUCACCACCGUCUUUAUCUUCCUUUCAAGCAGUUUUGUUUUCUCACCUGCAUGAUGUGAUUUGAGCUUUUGAAUCUUUGAAACCUAAGAAAGCCGUCAGCAGACAGACACACAGAUUAGAGGUGUCCUUUCACACAUGACAGCAGAGAUAAUUACAGAAACUGCGCCAUCAUUAGACACGCAGCUGAUUAUUUAUCUGUGUAGCCUCAGUUCGUAACAGAAGUUACCUCAUUGCACAUUUCAUGGACCCGGCUAGGCUGCACAACACGUUGAACACACAGAUGUAAAAUAGUAAUGUAACAAUCCAAUCAUCAAUAAAAAUAGUAAUGAUUUCCAAACAGUUUCACACACGUGUGGUUCCACAGUGUUAUGAACAUAUCCUGUGAGAUUUGUGAUGAUUGGCCCAGUGGUUGCUUUGGACUUUGGUCUGUUUACGUGUUAAGCCACGCCCCUUUGCGAAGACAUUCUGGUUGAUGGCGGCCAUGUUUCUGGACCGAUCUG